GCCUCCCCUCUUCCAAGGUAGGUGCCAAGUGACAUGCAUCAGACAUCUGUCGAUGGGAUCUUGGAAGGAUGCCGAACUGUGACAGCCCCUUGGUGGAAUGCCCACACGUGGUGGCAGUGCCGGCAACCUUGGAGCACGUCCAGCUAUCCAGAGCUCCGGUGUGUCUCCCUCCGCCUCCCAGUGCCCUCACCAUGAUGGACAUGAAUGAACUUGGAGAGUCUGCCCAUUACCUCCGCCAGGAGGUGAUGAAGGUGCAUGCUGUCCCAUGGGAUGGGAAGAAACGGGUCUGGGUGCCUGAUGAGCAGGACGCCUACGUGGAGGCUGAGGUCAAGUCCGAGGCUACUGGAGGCAAAGUCACCGUGGAGACCAAAGACCAGAAGGUGUUGACUGUUCGGGAAAGCGAACUGCAGCCCAUGAACCCACCCCGCUUUGACCUGCUCGAGGACAUGGCCAUGAUGACCCACCUCAAUGAGGCGGCAGUGCUACACAACUUGCGCCAGCGUUACGCUCGCUGGAUGAUUUAUACCUACUCAGGCCUCUUCUGUGUCACCAUCAACCCUUACAAAUGGCUCCCGGUCUACACAGCCCCUGUGGUGGCUGCUUACAAGGGAAGGCGCCGCUCGGAGUCCCCGCCCCACAUCUACGCUGUGGCGGAUAAUGCCUACAAUGACAUGCUGCGCAAUCGAGAGAACCAGUCCAUGCUGAUCACCGGAGAGUCGGGGGCCGGUAAGACGGUUAACACCAAGCGGGUCAUUCAGUACUUUGCCAUCGUCGCUGCCCUGGGAGAUGGGCCGGGCAAGAAGGCCCAAUUUCUGGCAACCAAGACUGGGGGCACGCUCGAGGACCAGAUCAUUGAGGCCAACCCUGCCAUGGAGGCUUUUGGCAACGCCAAAACUCUGAGGAACGACAACUCCUCCCGCUUUGGCAAGUUCAUCCGCAUUCACUUCGGACCCUCUGGGAAGCUGGCCUCUGCCGACAUUGACAGCUAUCUCCUGGAGAAGUCACGGGUCAUCUUCCAGCUGCCUGGUGAGCGUGGCUACCAUGUCUACUACCAGAUCCUCUCAGGGAAGAAGCCGGAGCUGCAGGACACACUGCUGCUCUCCAUGAACCCCUAUGACUACCACUUCUGCAGCCAGGGCGUUACCACCGUGGACAACAUGGAUGAUGGCGAGGAGCUCAUUGCCACAGAUCAUGCCAUGGACAUCCUGGGCUUCAGCGUAGAGGAGAAGUGCGCCUGCUAUAAGAUCGUGGGCGCUCUCCUACACUUCGGCAACAUGAAGUUCAAGCAGAAGCAGCGGGAAGAACAAGCCGAGGCUGACGGCACAGAGAGUGCUGACAAGGCUGCGUACCUGAUGGGAGUGAGCAGCGGUGAUCUGCUCAAAGGCCUGCUGCACCCAAGAGUGCGGGUGGGGAAUGAGUACGUGACCAAGGGCCAAAGUGUGGAGCAGGUGGUGUUUGCUGUGGGGGCGCUGGCCAAGGCCACCUACGACCGGCUCUUCCGCUGGCUGGUGUCUCGGAUCAAUCAGACGCUGGACACAAAGCUGCCCCGGCAGUUCUUCAUUGGGGUCCUGGACAUCGCUGGGUUUGAGAUAUUUGAGUUCAACAGCUUUGAGCAGCUGUGCAUCAACUUCACCAAUGAGAAGCUGCAGCAAUUCUUCAACCAGCACAUGUUCGUGCUGGAGCAGGAGGAGUACAAGCGGGAGGGCAUCGACUGGGUCUUCAUCGACUUUGGCCUUGACCUGCAGCCCUGCAUCGACCUCAUUGAGAAGCCACUGGGCAUCCUGUCCAUCCUGGAGGAGGAGUGCAUGUUCCCCAAGGCCUCCGACGCAAGCUUCCGGGCCAAGCUGUACGACAACCACGCCGGGAAAUCACCCAAUUUCCAACAGCCUCGGCCUGACAAGAAGCGCAAGUACCAGGCUCACUUCGAGGUGGUCCACUAUGCUGGCGUGGUGCCGUACAGCAUUGUGGGUUGGCUAGAGAAGAAUAAGGACCCCUUGAAUGAGACAGUGGUCCCCAUUUUCCAGAAGUCCCAGAAUAAGCUCCUGGCUGCUCUCUACGAGAACUAUACAGGCUCCUGCUCCACCGAGCCCCCCAAGUCUGGGGUGAAAGAGAAACGCAAGAAGGCAGCCUCGUUCCAGACAGUGUCCCAGCUGCACAAGGAGAACCUCAACAAGCUCAUGACCAACCUGAGGGCCACGCAGCCCCACUUCGUCCGCUGCAUCGUCCCCAAUGAGAACAAGACUCCAGGUGUCAUGGAUGCCUUCCUGGUACUGCACCAGCUGCGCUGUAAUGGGGUCCUCGAGGGAAUCCGGAUCUGCCGCCAGGGAUUCCCCAACAGGCUGCUCUAUGCUGACUUCCGGCAGCGGUACCGCAUCCUGAACCCCAGCGCCAUCCCGGACGACACCUUCGUGGACAGCAGGAAGGCCACUGAAAAACUGCUGGGCUCACUGGACAUCGACCACACACAGUACCAGUUUGGCCACACCAAGGUGUUCUUCAAGGCGGGGCUGCUGGGGGUCCUGGAGGAGCUCCGUGACCAGCGGCUGGCCAAGGUGCUGACGCUGCUGCAGGCCCGGAGCAGAGGCCGCCUCAUGCGCCUAGAGUACCAGCGCCUUCUGGGAGGCAGGGAUGCCUUGUUCACCAUCCAGUGGAACAUCCGUGCCUUCAACGCCGUCAAGAACUGGUCAUGGAUGAAGCUCUUCUUCAAGAUGAAGCCACUGCUGCGCUCAGCCCAGGCCGAGGAGGAGCUGGCAGCGCUGCGGGCCGAGCUGCGGGGGCUGCGGGGGGCACUGGCAGCGGCUGAGGCCAAGCGUCAGGAGCUGGAGGAGACACAUGUCAGCGUCACACAGGAGAAGAAUGACCUGGCCCUGCAGCUGCAGGCGGAGCAGGACAACCUGGCUGAUGCUGAGGAGCGCUGCCACCUGCUGAUCAAAUCCAAGGUGCAGCUCGAGGCAAAGGUGAAGGAGCUGAGCGAGCGGCUGGAGGACGAGGAGGAGGUGAAUGCUGAGCUGGCCACCCGCCGGCGCAAGCUGGAAGAUGAGUGCACGGAGCUCAAGAAGGACAUCGAUGACCUGGAGCUGACGCUGGCCAAGGCCGAGAAGGAGAAGCAGGCCACGGAGAACAAGGUGAAGAACCUGACAGAGGAGAUGGCUACGCUGGAUGAGUCGGUGGCCCGGCUGACCAAAGAGAAGAAGGCGCUGCAGGAGGCGCACCAGCAGGCCCUGGGGGACCUGCAGGCCGAGGAGGACCGUGUGAGCGUGCUGGCCAAGGCCAAGCUCCGCCUAGAGCAGCAGGUGGAGGAUCUGGAGUGCUCCCUGGAGCAGGAGAAGAAGCUGCGUUUGGACACGGAGCGGGCCAAGCGCAAGCUUGAGGGCGACUUGAAGCUCACGCAGGAGUCCGUGACGGACGCGGCUGAGGACAAGCAGCAGCUGGAGGAGAAGCUCAAGAAGAAGGACUCGGAGCUGAGCCAGCUGAACCUGCGGGUGGAAGACGAGCAGCUCGUGGGGGCCCAGCUGCAGAAGAAGAUCAAGGAGCUGCAGGCGCGGGCCGAGGAGCUGGAGGAGGAGCUGGAGGCUGAGCGGGCGGCCCGGGCCCGCGUGGAGAAGCAGCGGGCCGAGGCUGCCCGGGAGCUGGAAGAGCUGAGUGAGCGGCUGGAGGAGGCGGGUGGUGCGUCGGCUGGGCAGCGGGAGGACUGCCGUAAGCGCGAGGCCGAGCUGGGGCGGCUGCGGCGGGAGCUGGAAGAGGCGGCGCUGCGGCAUGAGGCCACGGUGGCCGCCCUACGGCGCAAGCAGGCCGACAGCUCAGCCGAGCUGGGCGAGCAGGUGGACAGUCUGCAGCGGGUGCGGCAGAAGCUGGAAAAGGAGAAGAGUGAGCUGCGCAUGGAGGUGGAUGACUUGGGGGCCAGUGUGGAGACGCUGGCCCGAGGCAAGGCCAGUGCGGAGAAGCUGUGCCGGACCUAUGAGGACCAGCUGAGUGAGGCCAAGAUCAAGGUGGAGGAGCUGCAGCGGCAGCUGGCAGACGCAAGCACGCAGCGUGGGCGGCUGCAGACCGAGAGUGGGGAGCUGAGCCGCCUCCUGGAGGAGAAGGAGUCUCUGAUCAGCCAGCUGAGCCGGGGGAAGGCCUCGGCGGCCCAGAGCCUGGAGGAGCUGCGGAGGCAGCUGGAGGAAGAGAGCAAGGCCAAGAGCGCACUGGCCCACGCGGUGCAGGCUCUGCGGCACGACUGCGACCUCCUGCGGGAGCAGCACGAGGAGGAGGCUGAGGCCCAGGCUGAGCUGCAGCGGCUGCUGUCAAAGGCCAACGCUGAGGUGGCCCAGUGGAGGAGCAAGUACGAAGCCGACGCCAUCCAAAGGACGGAGGAGCUGGAGGAGGCCAAGAAGAAGCUGGCCCUGCGGCUGCAGGAGGCAGAGGAGGGCGUGGAGGCCGCCAACGCCAAGUGCUCGUCCCUGGAAAAAGCCAAGCUGCGGCUGCAGACGGAGUCGGAGGACGUGACGCUGGAGCUGGAGCGGGCGACCUCGGCUGCUGCUGCGCUGGACAAGAAGCAGCGGCACUUGGAGCGGGCACUGGAGGAGCGGCGGCGGCAGGAGGAGGAGACGCAGCGGGAGCUGGAGGCCGCGCAGAGGGAGGCCCGCAGCCUGGGUACCGAGCUCUUCCGGCUGCGGCACAGCCACGAGGAGGCGCUGGACGCCCUGGAGACGCUCAGGCGAGAGAACAAGAACCUACAGGAAGAGAUCAGUGACCUCGCAGACCAGGUCAGCCUCAGUGGGAAGAGCAUCCAAGAACUAGAGAAAACCAAGAAGACGCUAGAAGGGGAGAAGAGUGAGCUCCAGGCGGCCCUGGAGGAGGCUGAGGGGGCCCUGGAGCUGGAAGAGACCAAGACACUGCGCAUCCAGCUGGAGCUAUCCCAGGUCAAGGCCGAGGUGGACCGGAAGCUCGCAGAGAAGGACGAGGAAUGCGCUAAUUUGAGGCGCAACCACCAGCGGGCUGUGGAGUCCCUGCAGGCUUCCCUGGAUGCAGAGACCCGGGCCCGCAACGAGGCACUGCGCCUCAAGAAGAAGAUGGAGGGCGACCUCAAUGACCUGGAGCUGCAGCUAGGCCAUGCUAACCGCCAAACCUCAGAGGCCCAGGCAGCCACGCGGCUGCUGCAGGCCCAGCUCAAGGAGGAGCAGGCCGGGCGGGACGAGGAACAGCGGCUGGCUGCCGAGCUGCGUGAACAGGGGCAGGCCCUGGAGCGCCGGGCUGCACUGCUGGCCGCCGAGCUGGAGGAGCUGCGGGCCACCCUGGAGCAGGGGGAGCGCAGCCGGCGGCUGGCUGAGCAGGAGCUGGUGGAGGCCACAGAGCGUCUGAACCUCCUGCACUCGCAGAACACAGGCUUGCUGAGCCAGAAGAAGAAACUGGAGGCUGAUUUGGCACAGCUGAGCGGGGAGGUGGAGGAGGCCGCCCAGGAGAGGCGGGAGGCGGAGGAGAAGGCCAAGAAGGCCAUCACCGACGCGGCCAUGAUGGCUGAGGAGCUGAAGAAGGAGCAAGACACAAGUGCCCACCUGGAGCGGAUGAAGAAGACCCUGGAGCAGACAGUGCGGGAACUGCAGGCUCGCCUGGAGGAGGCGGAGCAGGCCGCGCUUCGGGGUGGGAAGAAGCAGGUGCAGAAGCUAGAGGCCAAGGUGAGAGAGCUGGAAGCGGAACUCGAUGCCGAGCAGAAGAAGCACGCCGAGGCCCUCAAGGGAGUGCGCAAACACGAGCGCCGCGUCAAGGAGCUCGCCUACCAGACUGAGGAGGACAGGAAGAACCUGGCUCGCAUGCAGGACCUGGUGGACAAGCUGCAGAGCAAGGUCAAGAGCUACAAACGCCAGUUUGAGGAGGCGGAGCAGCAGGCUAGCACCAACCUGGCCAAGUACCGUAAGGCCCAGCACGAGCUGGAUGACGCAGAGGAGCGGGCAGACAUGGCAGAGACUCAGGCCAAUAAACUGCGGGCACGGACACGGGACGCGCUGGGGCCCAAGGUGAGGGGGCACAAGGAGUGACCGUCACUGCAACCUUGUCUCACCCUGGGGAGAGGGGAACACAUCACCGCACGGACAAAAGGCAGAUCCACAGCAGUCACUUAAAAUAAACUUCUUUAAUAG